GCUCCGGGCCGCCCCGCGCUGGUGCGGAGCGGGAAAGGCAUCCUGCCUCCAGGGGGCAGCGGCCGCAGCCGGGUCCCUGCGUGGGCAGCUCGGCGCCCGCGCCCUCGCCGCUCUUCCUGUCGCUGGGGGUGGUGGGCCGGCCAGUGGGCGGCCAGGGCCGGCGGUCGCCAUUCCCGUGUCGCUGCGCCCGCGGGGGCCGCCCGAGCCGGCCACGAUGCCACUGGGCCUGAAGCCCACCUGCAGCGUCUGCAAGACCACUUCGUCCUCCAUGUGGAAGAAGGGCCCGCAGGGGGAGAUCCUCUGCCACCACUGCACGGGCCGGGGCGGCGCGGGCGGCGGGGGCGCCGGCUCGGGGGCGGCCGGCGGGACGGGGGGCAGCGGCGGCGGCGGCGGCGGCUUCGGCGCGGCGACCUUCGCCAGCACCUCGGCCGCCCCUCCGCAGAGCAACGGGGGCGGGGGCGGCAAGCAGAGUAAGCAGGAAAUUCACAGGAGGUCUGCUCGGCUCAGAAACACUAAAUACAAAUCUGCUCCAGCUGCUGAAAAGAAAGUUUCCACUAAAGGAAAAGGGAGAAGACAUAUUUUUAAAUUAAAAAAUCCCAUCAAAGCUCCUGAGUCAGUUUCCACCAUAAUCACUGCAGAAUCAAUCUUCUACAAGGGAGUAUAUUACCAAAUUGGAGAUGUUGUUUCUGUGAUUGAUGAACAAGAUGGAAAACCCUACUAUGCUCAGAUCAGGGGUUUUAUCCAGGACCAGUAUUGUGAGAAGAGCGCAGCACUGACGUGGCUCAUUCCCACUCUCUCAAGCCCCAGGGACCAGUUUGAUCCUGCAUCCUACAUCAUAGGACCAGAGGAGGACCUUCCAAGGAAGAUGGAAUACUUGGAAUUUGUUUGUCAUGCCCCUUCUGAAUAUUUCAAGUCACGUUCAUCUCCAUUUCCCACAGUUCCCACCAGACCAGAGAAGGGCUACAUAUGGACUCACGUUGGACCUACUCCUGCAAUAACUAUUAAGGAAACAGUUUCCAACCAUUUGUAGUUUAAAAAGUAAAACUCGAUUUCCAAUUAUCUUGUAUUCAUACUAAUACAAGAUAUGCCAUAUUUCUUUAAUGAAAUUCUUGGAAAAAUGACUAAAAAGGUUUUCCCCUACUACCCAGUAACCAUUAGCUUGUUUGUUACUAGUCAUUUAGAAAAUUAAAAGAGAUAGAAAAGAAUUAAAUAUAUUUUAAAGUUCAAUAUUACAUUCUAUAUGUGUAUCUUCCCAGGUAAAGGCUGUAAUUUUCAGAGAGACCACUAGGAACAGGGAGUUUCUAUUCUUCUCCAUAUCUCAUUUCUAGAAAAUCAUAAAGUGGAUUGUAUUUUUCUACAAGAACAAAAUAUUAAUUAAGGUUUGGAUUUCUGACCAAGGGCUGAAUCAAAUAAAAUGUAGCUAUGACCAACAGUAUCUAUCACAAAGCUACACAAGCUGUUUUCUCACCAGGAAGAUGCUGUGACAGGCUGUUGGCUGUUUUAACCUUAAGAAAAGUGCCCAGGCUUUUUAAAACUUUCGUCUAAUUCCUCUGUAGCAAACAGGGAUUCAGACUUAGUCAGUUGAUCUUAAUAGAGCCACUCUCCACUGUUCUCACUACCUUGUCAAUCAAAAUGAGGCUUCCAGUCAAACCGUGAGAAUUUAUAGUGCUGACAGUCAACUUCACUGAAAACACACAGGAAACCUGUGCUGUUCAGACAUCCCACUUGACAGCUUCUUGACUACCGUUUGAAUAACCAUUGGGCAGUCAUAAAAAUGAUUAAUAGGUCAUUAGCAUUGAUAUCUAAGAAAACGUCUAGCCCAAAGUCAAAGCAUCUGCUAUAGAUGCUUAACAAUAGGCCUAAAACCAUGUCUUGGACUUUAAAGGCCAUUUCUUUGCUAAAUUGUCCAAAAUUCGGGUACAGGUUUUACUUCAAGUGCAGGUCAGCUAAGUCAGGGAGCAACAAUGUAAAGGUGGGAAGAAGUGGGGAUGUACACACUUGCCUCUUCUUCUGUCCUGACUCAAUCAGCAUUCUUCAAACCCGGGAAAAUUUGUCAGAAUCUAAUUUAAUUAUACUGAUUUUGAGCUGUAGCAAAUUUAACUGUUACCAUUUUUCUACCAGUUACAGGUUGUAUGUUGGAAAGAAGCAACUAUAGAUAGAUCUAUGUACAUAGUUAUCUCUCUUUUCACAAAAGUUAUAGUAAAAUGGAUUGUAAAUAACAUUGUAAAUAACUAAAUGCUAAUUUAAUAUUCAAAAUUUUGUAUUAAAAUGUAUUUUCCGCAAUGUA